GCUCUGAGUGACGCCCACCAGGUCAGGGGUCGCCGGCAAGAUGGCGGCCGCUGUGACCUUCCGCCGGCUGCUGGUCUUACCUCGAACAGUGCGGGCCUUCGGGGUGCGGGUGUCGCCGACUGGGGAGAAGGUCACGCAUACCGGCCAGGUGUAUGAGGAGAAAGACUACAGGAAAAUUCGAUUUGUAGGUCGUCAGAAAGAGGUAAAUGAAAACUUUGCCAUUGACCUCAUAGCGGAACAGCCUGUGAGUGAGGUGGGCCAGCGGGUGAUCGCCUGUGAUGGCGGCGGGGGUGCCCUGGGCCACCCCAAGGUGUACAUAAACCUGGACAAAGAAACAAAGACAGGCACCUGCGGCUACUGUGGCCUGCAGUUCAAGCAGCACCAUCACUAGCCAGGUGCAGGAACGCUGGGAGUAUGCAUGGGACACCUGGGCCUUGGACGGCUCGGAGCUGAAUAAAGGGCCCGCCUGCGUCCAGGAUGUGGGUGCGGGUGUUUCCUUCC